AACUUUGGAGACAACGUAGACUACUCCGGUCACUUUGUUACGGAUAGGGAAUUUAUCUCCAUAGCUGAGUUACAUAGUUGGGCCGAUGCGAUAGCAAUAACAAUUGGUUUUCAAUUUACACGUGCUUCUUAUAAAAAAAAGAAGGACGUUCCAGAGUUAGUUGUUAUUUAAGAUGUCACCGCUAUGGUAAACUUAGGGGUGAUGUAGAUAAUGUAGAUAAUGCUGCCCGACCUGGUUCUAAAAGUAGGAGUUGUGGGUGUAAAUUUAUGAUUGUAGGAAGUAGUCGCAAACCAGGAGAAAGACCUUGGACGGUAAGGGUGUGUCCUGGUGAAAAGGGAAAACAUAACCACCCGUUCUUGGUAUACAGAGAUGGUCAUGUAAGGGCGAGGAUUAAUGUAGAUAUUCGGAAGCACAUACGACAGCUUAGUGCAACCGGAAUGCAACCGGCCUUUAUUAUGAAUUCUAUUAGAGAUAAUUUUCCUGGUUUUUAUGCUAGUAUGAAUCAAAUAUAUAAUAUUAGGAAAUCAAUAAGGAGAGAUGAAAUGGAGGGCAGGACUCCCCUUCAACACUGUCUUCAUAUGGCCACAGAACAUAAUUAUGUGGUCUGUACAGAGUUGGAUAAUGACGGGCACUUGAGCAGACUUUUAAUUGCAAAUCCUACUUCAAUCCAAAUGAUACGUACGUGGCCGUAUGUUGUGCUGAUAGAUACAACGUACAAAACGAACAAACCAAAGUGGCCACUAUGUGAAGUGAUCGGAAUGACGCCAACAAAUCACAACUUCUUGGUUGCGUUUUGUUUGAUGCGAGAUGAGGCGGCUGUGUCGUACUCGUGGGUGCUGCAGGGAUUGAGAGAUAUUUUCGGCACUGCUCAGACUCCUAGCGUCAUUGUAACCGAUCGUGACGAAGGUUUAUCUGCAGCUAUUCGUGACGUCUUCCCAGAUGUACGUCAUUUGUUAUGCACCUGGCAUAUUGGCAACGAUGUUGAGAACAUGGUGGACAAGUUGUGCGGCGGCAAGAAAAAUCAACAAGGGCAGUUAUUCAGGAAAAGUAGAUGGAACCCCUUGGUUGAAAGUGCUACAAUCCGGGAAUAUGAAAAGAGAUGGGAAGGGAUCGUCAGUACGUGGUCGGUUAGGAACCGAAGGGUCGUUCGGUAUUUGACUGGAACAUGGAUUCCACUGGAACCGAACGCUCAGGAGCUUGGAACUGAACAUCAUCAGCAUCAUUAUCAUCAUCACUAUAAACCCCCCAACUACUCUGGAGGCUAUCAGCCUGGUCAUCAAAAUGAGUACGCACUUGGUUCAGCGUACUCGACCUUUGGGCCUCACUGUGUCUGGCCGCCUCUUCCUGCCUAGCCCUCCUAGCAGAACCCGUGACCCCCCUCUCAUGCGGGUCCCCUCUGAGUAAGGUAGGCCUAGAACUAUUACCUCUCAACAAUUGCCUAAAAAAACCCUUUCCUUUUCCUUGAUUACCAGCCAUUUUCUACAAUUUUUUACGGUUUCAUUCAAUAUUAUAAAUAAUAAUAUUUCUAAAAACAUAAUAAUCAUAAAUAAAAUAUGGAAAAAAAUAACAUAAAAAACAAAAUAAUUAAUUAAUAAUACAAACAUAAACAAUUAUAUAACAACAAAAAAUUAAAUUAUUAUUAACUAUCACAAUAACAGU